GUGUGUGGGUACCCUGUGUAAAUAUGCGCCUGUCGCUGCAAGUCUAUAGACAUGUCGUUAAUUUCAGAAAUAUUCGUGUUGAUCUACCAGGUUUUCUGUGUUGUACUUGAGAGUUGCUACAGGAGUGUAUUCCCAGUGGCCGAUAAAGAAGUCAAAGGGAAGAUUGUGCUUAUAACUGGAUCUGGGAGGGGCCUUGGCAGACUGCUAGCUGCGAGGUUUGCCAAGCUUGGAGCAAGACUAGUUCUGUGGGACAUCAAUGAAGAUCUAAAUCAUGAGACAGCUGAGGUGGUCGAAGCACUUGGGGCUGAAGUCCACUCCUAUGCGUGUGACUGCACCAGUAGAGAGGAGAUCUAUGCAACAGCUUCCCGCGUGAAGGGAGAAGUAGGUGACGUAGACAUCCUGGUCAACAAUGCUGGAAUACUCCAUGGGAAACGUCUAUUGGAUCAAACGGACGCACAGAUACAAAAGGCUAUUGAACUUAAUCUGCUGGCUCAUUUUUGGACAUCAAGGUCCUUCCUUGGUAGAAUGCUUGAGCAAAACCAAGGUCACAUUGUAACCAUAUCAUCGGUAUCAGGAAGUUUCCCAACUGCUUUCCAAGUUGAGUAUUGUGCGAGUAAGUAUGGAGCUGUUGGGUUCCAUGAUGCCUUGAGCCAUGAGCUAUAUACCCUUGGGAAAGAUGGUGUGAAGACAACUCUUGUUCAGCCAUUCUUCUUUGACACUGGAAUCUCAUGGUAUCCAAAGAUGAGGUUCCAAAAGCUGCACAAGGUUCUUGAACCAAGCUAUGUUGCUGACCAAGCAAUGUCUGCAAUACUAAAAGACAUGCCUUCAAUCUUCAUCACUCGUCAGUGGAACUUCGCCCUGGUCAUGAAAUGCCUGUUCCCAGUGAAAGCUCUCAACCUUAUUGGGGAUUUUCUCGGCAUUGGCAUUGACGAGCAUUAUCCACGUGGCUCAUCUGCUAGCCACCAUUAGAAGAUGUGGAGGGGAAAGAGUUAUCUGCUAACCAACAUUAGAAGAUGUGGAGGGGAAAGAGUUAUCUGCUAACUAACAUUAGAAGAUGUGGAGGGGAAAGAGUUAUCUGCUAACUAACAUUAGAAGAUGUGGAGGGGAAAGAGUUAUCUGCUAACCAACAUUAGAAGAUGUGGAGGUGAAAGAGUUAUCUGCUAACCAACAUUAGAAGAUGAGGAGGGGAAAGAGUUAUCUGCUAGCCUGUAUUAGAAGAUGUGGAGGGGAAAGAGUUAUCUGCUAGCCAGUAUUAGAAGAUGUGGAGGGGAAAGGGUUAUCUGCUAACCAACAUUAGAAGAUGUGGAGGAGAAAGAGUUAUCUGCUAACCAAAAUUAGAAGAUGUGGAGGGGAAAGAGUUAUCUGCUAACCAACAUUAGAAGAUGAGGAGGGGAAAGAGUUAUCUGCUAGCCAGUAUUAGAAGAUGUGGAGGGGAAAGAGUUAUCUGCUAGCCAGUAUUAGAAGAUGUGGAGGGGAAAGAGUUAUCUGCUAGCCAACAUUAGAAGAUGUGGAGGGGAAAGAGUUAUCUGCUAGCCAACAUUAGAAGAUGUGGAGGGGAAAGAGUUAUCUGCUAGCCAACAUUAGAAGAUGCAGAGGGGAAAGAGUUAUCUGCUAGCCAGUAUUAGAAGAUGUGGAGGGGAAAGAGUUAUCUGCUAGCCAGUGUUAGAAGAUGUGGAGGGGAAAGAGUUAUCUGCUGGCCAGUAUUAGAAGAUGUGGAGGGGAAAGAGUUAUCUGCUAGCCAGUAUUAGAAGAUGUGGAGUGGAAAGAGUUAUCUGCUAACCAGUAUUAGAAGAUGUGAAGGGGAAAGAGUUAUCUGCUAGCCAACAUUAGAAGAUGCAGAGGGGAAAGAGUUAUCUGCUAGCCAACAUUAGAAGAUGCAGAGGGGAAAGAGUUAUCUGCUAGCCAGUGUUAGAAGAUGUGGAGGGGAAAGAGUUAUCUGCUGGCCAGUAUUAGAAGAUGUGGAGGGGAAAGAGUUAUCUGCUAGCCAGUAUUAGAAGAUGUGGAGUGGAAAGAGUUAUGAGUUAUCUGCUAUCCAGUAUUAAAAGAUGUGGAGGGGAAAGAGAUAGUUAUCUGCUAGCCAACAUUAGAAGAUGCAGAGGGGAAAGAGUUAUCUGCUAGCCAGUAUUAGAAGAUGUGGAGGGGAAAGAGUUAUCUGCUAGCCAGUGUUAGAAGAUGUGGAGGGGAAAGAGUUAUCUGCUGGCCAGUAUUAGAAGAUGUGGAGUGGAAAGAGUUAUGAGUUAUCUGCUAUCCAGUAUUAAAAGAUGUGGAGGGGAAAGAGAUAGUUAUCUGCUAACCAACAUUAGAGCACGUGGAGGCUUCUAGAGAGAGAUUUUUUAUGUAAAGAAAUAUAAAUAGCCUAUAUGAAAAAUAGAUGGUUGUCCAAAACCUCUUCAGAAGUAUUUUUUUUUCAUUGCACGCCAUCAUUUUUUGCCGGUGCUAGUACCUUAAUGCGAUUAAUGGCUGGUAUUGGGUGUAUGGCAGGCGGUGUGCAGUUCGUGACUCCAGACACGCAAUAUUAGCCACCUCAUGAUUUUUGAAUUUAUAAUUUACCCUACCUACAGACUGCUUUAAACGUUGGAAUCUUUCCGUCUCCCAUAUACAUAAACUUAUUGCCUGCUCAACAGGCGGAAAUUGCGUGAAAGACGGAAAAGCUGAGCUUAGACCCGCGAAAAAAAACCGGAGGCGUUGGCGAGCAGUUAUAAGGGGCGGAUCAAGGGGUUGGCCGAGCAGGCGUCUUCGCAUCUUCUAAUGCUUGCUAGCAGAUAACUCAUUCUUUUUCAUCCACAUACUCUAAUGCUGGUUAGCAGAUAACUCAUUCUUUUUCAUCCACAUACUCUAAUGCUUGCUAGCAGAUAACUCAUUCUUUUUCAUCCACAUACUCUAAUGCUGGUUAGCAGAUAACUCAUUCUUUUUCAUCCACAUACUCUAAUGCUGGUUAGCAGAUAACUCAUUCUUUUUCAUCCACAUAAUCUAAUGCUGGUUAGCAGAUAACUCAUUCUUUUUCAUCCACAUAAUCUAAUGUAACCUAUAUACAGUGCCUCAUAGUCGUCAAACAGAUGCAUGUAUUGUAACCUAUAUUCAGUGCCUCAUAGUUAUCAAACAGAUCCAUGUAUGGUAACCUAUAUACAGUGCCUCAUAGUUAUCAAACAGAUGCAUGUAUGGUAACCUAUAUACAGUGCCUCAUAGUUAUCAAACAGAUGCAUGUAUGGUAACCAAAAUACAGUGCCUCAUAGUUAUCAAACAGAUGCAUGUAUGGUAACCUAUAUACAGUGCCUCAUAGCCGUCUGCAUGUAUUGUAACCUAUAUUCAGUGCCUCAUAGUUAUCAAACAGAUCCAUGUAUGGUAACCUAUAUACAGUGCCUCAUAGUUAUCAAACAGAUGCAUGUAUGGUAACCUAUAUACAGUGCCUCAUAGUCGUCAAACAGAUGCAUGUAUUGUAACCUAUAUUCAGUGCCUCAUAGUCGUCAAACAGAUCCAUGUAUGGUAACCUAUAUACAGUGCCUCAUAGUUAUCAAACAGAUGCAUGUAUGGUAACCAGAUCCUGACUGAGACUAGAACCCCACUGCA